UUCAAAAACGUCGCCGAAUCGAACAGACAGCAUGUAAAUAAUAGGAAAUGAAAGAAUAUCACACACAUCCUAGGUCCUCUGAUUUCACAUUGAAUAUGAAGAAAGGGUUCAAACUACUCGCAGGAGUCCAGCCGAGUGGAACUGCCUGAAAAAAAACACGUUAUUAUGAAGAAUACCAGUGAACGCCAAGCAGCUUUUUCAAUGAUUUGAUGACCAUGAGACGGAGCCCAAGGAGACCCCUGAUCCUCAGAAGAAGAAAAUUGCCGUUCCAGCAGAAUGAGCCGCCGCCGGCUGAAUCCCGAAGCCGGGCUUACGCGCCAGACUUUAAAGAACCUUCGAAAUCGGUCGGCAGCCAGUGUUUCCCCAGUGGCAUCCGCAUCAUGGAUCACCCCUCCAUGUACAAUACACAGGUGGUUGUCAUCCCCACAACGGCAGACCUGCACAGCGUCAUCGGGGCCCUCACUGCCAAGGGCAAAGAGUGUGGCGUCCAGGGGCCGAACAAGUUCAUCCUCUUGAGUGGCAACAAUGGAUCUUUUUGUCAGCACGCUGCUGAAGAGAACGACGUCUCUGCGGUCGGAGGACCAGUGAAAGAAGAAUUCACGGACGGCUCCCUGGAUGUUAAACCGCUCACUGGAGUUAAAGCAUUGAAUAAGGAUUUGGAGUGUGGUCCUUUAGACGACAGCCUCACCAAUAUGCAGUGGCUGGGCAAAAUGAACACCUUCGAACAGGAUGCUGCCAAGCAGAUGGCCGACAAGGAGAACCAAAGCUCCAACUCGCAGGCACAAAAUGGCCAAAUCGAUGUGGGUGCAGUUCAGCAACCCAUGUCAGAGAGGCCGCCGUACUCCUACAUGGCCAUGAUCCAGUUUGCCAUCAACAGUCGGAAGAGCAGGAGGAUGACCCUGAAAGAGAUUUACAUGUGGAUCGAGGACCACUUCCCUUACUUCAGAGAGGUGGCCAAACCAGGAUGGAAGAAUUCCAUCCGUCACAAUCUUUCUCUACACGACAUGUUCAUUCGUGAGACGUCGGCAGAUGGUAAAAUUUCUUUCUGGACCAUCCGGCCUGAGGCCAACCGAUGUCUCACUCUCGAUCAGGUGUACAGGCCCGGCUGUGACCCGAUGACUGCUCCUGUUCCGGUGCCACAACUUUUAUUUCCCCACCAACAACAGAAGAGGAUGCUUCCUGAUGCGAGAAAAAUGCCAACUAGUUCUGAGAGAAGGAUGAAACCUCUUCUUCCUCGAACCGAUUCCUACCUGGUUCCCAUCCAGCUCCCCCUCACCUCCUCCCUCUUCCUGCCGUCCACGUUGGCCCAGUUUCCCCCCUCGAGCUCGCAGCCGAAGCAGAGCACGGCGCGAGGAGUCAAGAGAGUGCGGAUAGCUCCGAAGGUGACACAAAGUGACGUCCCGGCUGUGGUGGUGAAUCCCCAGGAGGACAAAGGCCUCAUAUUGGUGGUGAAGGAGGAGCCGGAAGGUGUCGCCAUUAAAUGCGAAACUCCCAGAGCCCCUCCGAGGCAAGGCAGCAGCUCGCGACGCAAACAGCGCCUGGUCCACUCUCUGCACGAGGAGCCCGUCCUCCUCUGCCCCGAUAAUACUUUCGUCGACUCCGGCGUCGUCUCCGACGCGUCGACCUUCCAGGACGUGCGAGACUCCGAGCUGGACUGGCACAAGCAGGAGCAGCACAGCCCCGACCGGGACUUCUCCUUCAAGACGCCCAUAAAAAGCAGCAGCCACCUGACCUCCUCCACGCCCAGCAAGCCUCCCUCUCACGUGCUACCCGAGCCCUGGAAAGUGACCCCCGUGGGCGAAGGGAGCCAGAGCGUUCUGGACUUCAGCCCCAUCCGCACGCCCGGCGGCCCCGCGGUCACGCCGCGGCACGACUACACCACCUUCAGCUUCAACAGCACCCCCUUCAAAGACUGGCCUCUGUUUAGCUCCCCCAGAGAGCUGUUCACGUCGGCUCCCACCAGGGCGACGGGGCCAUCGGACUGGCCGGUCGAAUUCUUCCGAAGCAGCUGCUCCAGAGAGCUGCUUCAAUCAGGAGGAGGAGGAGGAGGAGGAGGCGCGACGCCCGUUAACCGCUCGAUCACAGAGGGCCUCGUCCUGGACACAAUGAACGACAGCCUGAGCAAGAUACUUGUGGACAUUAGCUUCUCUGGUCUGGAUGACGAGGACCUGGAUAUGGCCAACAUCAGCUGGUCCGAGUUCAUCCCUCAGCUUAAGUAGCCCGAGGGACAAAACGUAUCUUAAUCUUUCAAAACACUAUAGGGGAAUAUGGGAAUAAUGAUUGAUGCAUAAAUAGAUUUAUAGUUUCCAGGUCAUAUAAGCGAGGCGCUUACUCCCACAUUAGAUGUUCCUCUCCACCUUUUUUCAUCUGUUCCGUCGCUCCUCAACUGCGUCUUUUGUCCCGUUCUCUCGUUUCUAUCCGUAAAGCUCUUCGCCGCUCCGGUUUUCUGUUGAUCCUGUAUCCUACCUGUCAUAUAUCUGUCUGCGCUCUUGAAGGACACAAAUAUAUCCGUGUGUAUGUACACGUACUCUUAUGUAUGUCGAUUUGCACAUUUUUAAUAUAUAUAUAUAAUUUAGUCUUUUGCAUUUGUGAAUGAAGAGGCAAUAUAUUGCCAGCGAGGCGCCGCCGUGCCGCUCGGUUCAGGCAGUCCUCCUGGAAGUCCGCUUUUAGAUUGUCGGAUCGUCCGCAAUAACCAAUGGCACGGUAAUACAAAUAGCACUAACAGCAGUGGGAUCGCCUCAGUGCAUCACUCGUAGAUCUGUCUGCACCGCUUGACGUUGGAAAUCCUGAUUUGUUCAUCGGUUCGCCAGCAGGAGGCACCGUGCACCUGCAGAAGUCACUCCUCGUGUCAACACUGUAAUUUGAAGGUAGCCUUUAGGGGGAAAAUACUGAAUAUCUAGCAGAUUUGAUUAGUUUUCAGUAAAGAUGCAAAUGGUAUGUAGGAAAAAGCUUCUCUUUAUUUUAUUUUUGUUUUGGCAGCACCAUCUUUGGCGGCCAGAAUGGGAGACGUUCCUGUUUUUCGAAAAUGCCACAGAAUAAUGUCUGGCUUUAAUCGUUCCUUCUGGCUUGUACGAGUGUGUGUGUGUGUGUGUUUGUGUGUGUGUGUGUGUGUGUGUGUGUGUUUUAUAUGGGAGAGGUUUUGCAUCGCAGUGAGUGGAUCCGUGGUUUCCAGCAAAAAAAAAAGUUUUCAAAGCUUGUGACGUGUGCUGUUUUCUGAAGUUGGUGUUUCUAAGACUGUAUAAUAAACCUGCUGGUGUCGGUGCCUCGUGGAGCACAAAGAUGUGCCUCACGCCCUGCUCACAUUUAAAAAAAAAAAAAAAGAAAGAAAAUGUAAAUAAAGAAGGUUGUGUGAGGUUUCGACAACCUCACACAAUAUGCAGUACAGUGGAAAAACGUACGGUGUAUCGCAUCUGAUGAACUACAUUCUGUAGCCAGGUUGCCUAUUAUUUUUAUUUAUAUUUGAAUAAAGGGUUGAAACCAUU